AGGCGGAUGAAAGUAGAGGCGCACUGUGGGGAGAGAGGAAAAAGUUCUCAACAAGGAGAGGCAGGACUACUCUUACGGAGCCCCUGCAGUCUCACUUUUUAUGCCUCUAAUAGACUUUCCCUGCCAUCCUUUUGCAUUUUUGCUCUGCAACACUGCUUUUACGGUUUCGAGAGAGAAAUCCUACUUUUUUUACUUAAGUGAAAGCACCAGCACCAUGGAGCUGCUCUGCCUCGAAAUGGACACCAUCAUACGAGCUCGUCCCGAUCCGAACCUCCUGUGCGAUGACAGAGUCCUGCAGAGCUUGUUGACUAUAGAGGAGAGAUUUCUACCCCAAUAUUCCUAUUUCAAAGGCGUCCAGAAAGAUAUUCAACCGUUUAUGAGGAGGAUGGUCGCUACUUGGAUGUUGGAGGUUUGUGAGGAGCAGAAGUGCGAGGAAGAAGUUUUUCCCUUGGCCAUGAACUACUUAGACAGAUUUUUAGCCGUGGUACCCACCAAAAAGUGUAACCUGCAGCUGCUGGGAGCAGUCUGCAUGUUUCUUGCAUCCAAACUGAAAGAGACUCGUCCAUUAACUGCAGAGAAGCUUUGCAUCUACACAGAUAACUCCAUCAGACCACAAGAGCUGCUGGAAUGGGAACUGGUGGUGUUGGGGAAGUUGAAGUGGAACUUGGCAGCAGUGACGCCGAACGACUUCAUUGAGCACAUUGUGAGGAGGCUGCCGCUGCCCGAGGAUAAGCUGGCACUUAUACGCAAACAUGUCCAGACUUUUAUCGCCCUCUGUGCCACAGAUUUCAGAUUCGCCAUGUACCCUCCCUCCAUGAUCGCCACAGGAAGUGUGGGGGCAGCGAUCUGCGGCCUACAGCUGGAUUCAGCUGACCAGUCACAGUGGGGCGACAGUCUGACAGACCUGCUGGCCAAAAUUACAAACACAGAAGUGGAUGUCCUCAAAGAGUGUCAGGAGCAGAUCGAGCGUGUGUUGGUGAGCAGCCUGCGCGAGGGGCGGCAGCAGCAACAGCAGCAGCAGCAGACACAGAGGGGCCCCAGCGGUAAAGGUCUGGACGAGCUGGAUCAAUCCUCCACCCCAACAGACGUCCGUGAUGUCAACUUGUGAACCACCAGAGGGCAUCAUCGCACAGGAUUUACAAAAAAAAGCAUAAUGAAAAAAACCUCAAUUUUCUUAAAAGCAGAAAAAAAGAACAAAAGAACAAAAAAUGUUAAAAACACAAGCCCUUUAAAAGAAAAAGAACAAUGCUUGCUAGUUUUUUUGUAGAUUUUCUGUUCUUCAAGUCAAAAACACCUGCCCACAAAAUAGAUUUCUAUGAUGUUCUAGUCUAAAAGCAACAAAUUUGAUUCAAGAUGAAGCUCUGUGGUGCCUUGGAUAUACAGAAGGGAAGCCAAUCAUAUUUGCAUUCUGCCUUUGAUUGUAUAGUAUGAUCUUUAAGUUAUAUUUUAACCACAGCUUGAUAAUGAGGCUGUUAUGGUAGAAGUUGUGGAAACCAUUCAGAAAUUGCAUACAUGGGAUCACAGUGGGGCUUAAGUUUUUUUUCUCUGUUUUGUUUUAUAUGAGUAUUAUCACUAUUACUACUAUCACAUUUGUGGCUAGUGUGAGAGAGGAAACGUGUUUGAGCUCCUCGACCAGCAGGUCCACAUGUGUGUCAAGGAUGAGGCAGACAGAGGAAGCCGUGAGAACAUUAUGCUCAAAGUUGAUGGGUCCCAAUUCCAGGGAAGAGACGAGAUUGUAAUAAUUAUUAGUAGUAUUAGUAAUUAUUAUUAUUAUUAAUAUUAUUAUUGGACAUAUUUUGGAACCGAGUCGUAGAAAUCAAUAAGCUCCUUUUUUCAGGCUGCUUGUGUGUGUCAGUUUGUAGGUGCAGUGUGCAAGCGUGUGUGUUUGUACGUGAGUAUGCCAGUUUGCAUGCAUGUGCCUGUGUGUGUGUGUGUGUGUGUGUGUGUGUGUGUGUGUGUGUGUGUGUGUGUGUGUGUGUCUACAUGUUGGUGUGUGUGGUGUGAAUGCUACAUGUGAUCCUGUAUCUAUAUUAGCAGUGUGCAACCUACGGCGUGAGGCACUUAAGCAAAGUCAAGUCGUCGGCUUACAGUUCUAUCUUAAAAGACUAUGGAGCAAGCGGAGGCUACACGUACUUUGUCCAUCAGUAUAACAGGGCAUCUAUGCUAUAUCACUGCCUUCAUGCAUUAACAGUGUAUCAUGGUUCAUUGUUGGCCAACAAUAAACUCAUGUGCAUGGACUAUAAGUGAGAGAGAAAAAGAUUUAGUGAAGGAGGAUAUGGGCGAAGGGACUUUCACUUAGAGCCCCUUAUCUUUCUAAUUUUUCCUGAGGUGUCUCACCUCAGACUCAGAGGUCACACGAGGUGUUUGUUUAUUACUGCCAUUCUGUCAAUGAAUUAUUACAGAGACUUCAUUCUUUUCACUUUGUUACAAUAUGGUGUUUCCUUAGUUGUGAAAGGCUGCUUUGAGUCUUGAGUAAUGACCUCUUUCAUGUGCAGCAUGUAUGGCACAUGUGAAAAAGGGGAGAGGACAAUGUCUUGAAGAAAGUAAUGCUUUUUAAAGUCUGGGGGACGUUAGACUCCUCCGUACUAAUUAGCAGGGAGGAAACAGGGUGUGGCAUGGAAAGAAUUAGAAGGACAGGGACAGUUUGCAACUAAGAAGUCACUGUGGAACUGUGGAGGGCACACGAGUGCACGGCACAGGAUGGUAGAGCAGGGAGGAUUUUAAAGGUGCAGGAGCAUGCUGCUGUGUAGGAGAUAUGGAUGAUGUACAGCCAGUGGCUGGAAGAUGAUAAUGAACAAAAGACACCCAAAGGCCUCACAAUAAAACAUUGAAAUCUGCAUAUUUGGGUGGAACAAACAUUAAUAUCUCAUAUUUGAUGUCAACAGCGACACAGCUAUCUCAACAGAUAUGCUCUAGGUUUCCAUUUACACAGAAAUUAAAUGAGGAACUAAGACUGUAUGUGCUCAUGUGAGGAUGAACUUUCUGGGGGGGGGGGGUAGAGGAGUACAGGAUGAUAAUAUACUGUCAAUGCAUCUAGAGUCCCACAUAGGGUUGAUUUCAAUGGCAAAGCACUUUGAGAACAUGCUCCCCAGGAGAUACGUAAAAUGAAAUGUGUUGGGUGGUGAUUGGAGGUGAAUGGAUGUUUUCUUUUUUUUUUUUUUCCUUGUUAGCCUUUUCUUUGGUUUACUUUGUAGGGCUGGUUUCCCAAUCGUCAGACAUACCCUUUGUCAAGCAAGAGUCAAAUUAAAAUGGCUUUCCACACGUUACGACGAGAGGACAUUCCGAUCAAAAAAAAAAAAAAAAACAUUCCUACCCAAGUCAAGUGAAAGUUGAUGGGGAGUCUGACCAUUGCAGAGAAUUUGAACAAAUACAAAAUGCCAGCAUGAAUUGGAAAAUGCCUUCACACAGAGUUCACUGAUCCAUGGGUUCUGUUUGAUUUUCUUUUACUUUGUCAAGAAAUGAAAUAUUUGUUUUUACUUGAAUUUUUCUUUUUAUUUAUCUGCAUCACAGCCACAGAUAGUCACACAGGGCAGCGAUGAGCUACAGGAAAGGGUGGUUGUAACAUCCAAUAUUUGCACAUGUUCUUCAGAGGGCAACAAGGUUUGCAUUUUUAAGACAGAGCACAGCCUUUGCUCUAAACCACCUUAACUGAUGUGUGUUGCAGUGGUUGGUCAGUUUUUUUUAUGGUGCUGGCUUUUGUAGUUCAGGCUGAUUGUCUGUUAGUGAACACAUCAGUCCCCUUGUGAGCUUUGCUGCUUCAAAUCAUUGGCAAGGGGAAGUUCAUCAGCCAGACAGACAUCAGCACAAGACAAGAGACAGAUUUUUUUUUUUUCUUUUUUGUUUUGUUUUAAUGGGACACAUGGCUUUGCCACAGCAAGGUGUCUUUGACUUAAUGCUUGAGUUUUUUUUUUUUUUUUCAUGACAGUAUGUGACUUUGCUGAGUGUAUGUUUGUCAGACUGAAGAAAAAUGUGGGGAUCUAAUGUUUUAGUGAUGUUUUUCAGUAAAACUGGGCAAUUGAAUGAUAUAUUUGCCAAAACAUCCCUGUAUGAAUAUUUGAUAUGACCCCUUCAUUUUGCCUCUGUUUGCCUGAUGUAAGCUCUCUCCCAAACUUAAUGGUUGUGAUUUUCUUUCCUGCAAUUUAUUAUUGCAUGUUAUAUAUUGAGACCACCUUUACAAUUUGUGUUUGAUAUAUGUUAUGGGGUGACCAGACCCACAAAAGGGGUUUUCUAAGAUUUAGAGAUACUGUAUUCCAAAGUGAAGAGAGGACAGAGGAGGAGGUGUGAAGACAUCAAGAAAAAAGUGUCAAUAUUUUUAUUGAGUUAUUGUUGUCUUUUUGCGCUGCUAAAAGCUAUGAAUUUGUUUCAUUUAUACAAAAAAAUAACAUUACCUAGUUGUGAUGUGUCACUUGAGUGUGCUGCUAUUUUAUAAACAUUUGUAUUAUAAUAUAAUUAUUUUACUGCUUAAGAGAUACAUUCAGAAAAACGAAGUAGAUGGUGAUAGAAGAACAUGAAAUGAGUACUCGACUGGAAAUGUUCUUUGUACAGUUUGACAGUUUGCUUAGAUAGCAUGUGUCCUUUCCCCCUUUUUUUUAUCUAUUUUGCUCUCCUUCUUCAGUCACAUUCUGCAUCAGUGGUAUUUCCUAUACCUCAGGAUUACUGGACAAAAUAAAUACACAAAUCCAUCACCUAUACCUCUGCAGUUAGGGAGCCUGGAACGGCGGAGAAAGGAUACAGUGGGGGUGGAAAAAAAGGCAACAACAUUUUUGUGGAUGAAUCCCACUUGCUUUAGUGGGGAAGUAAUUUGCUCAGUACAAUGGGAAACAGGAUAUAUGCAAGGCUUCCACUUGGACUUAACCUAUAUUGGAGGGGGGGCACGACAACACUGCAACAUUUUCUUGGGGUUUUAAUACCGUAGAUAGUUCAAGCAUGAUUCAUUUGUGUUCAUGUUGGUGCUACAUCUGAUUUGUUGUGUGUGAGCGAGGGAAAAACAGUAUUCCUAUGAUGGCCAAAGUACAGUUCUUGCUUUAUACAACCACAAUCACUCUGAAUGUCAGUAAAUAUGGAUUCCGUAUGUGAGAAAGAUAUGUUUUGGUCUGAAAUAUUGUGUGUGCGCACCAUUGUAACUGCCACAAAAUAAUGGGUUGAGCUACAGCUGUCAGGUCCAGCCAUAAAUAUUCUGAUAUCUGGAAGUUUCAAUGGUGCAGAUUUCCCUUUGAGUUGCCUCCCCUCCACUAUAACUCAUAUCAUGUACCUCAAAUGUCUGUUGCACAACCUCUGUUCAAUAAACUUCUGCUUUAAAGGGUGUGACACCACAUCAGCUCACUA